GUUGCGACACGACCGAGGGCGUCCCGACAGCAGCCGUCGCAGGUCCGGGCUCUCAUCCCGAGGCCCCCAGGCCGCAGAAUCGCGGGGUGGGGUGGAGGGACCGUCUCCAAACGAGUAGGAACAGUAAAGCGAAACCAAAAGCCGUGCGCCCGUCCCCGCCGCUGCCGCCGCGCGCCCGUCCCCGCCGCCGCGCCGCGCCAGCUCCGGGCCCCGCCGGCCGCAUCUCUGCUCCGCCAUGGCAUCAGUUUUGAAGGUCAAGGAAUCCGAAGCUUCUGAAAGAACAAUUGUAGUUGCUGGUCUUCCGGUUGGUCCCAUUACGGAUCAAUUACUGACUGUAUUAGUGAAGUGUCACUUCCAAGAUAUUGAGAAUGAGGGUGGAGUUGUUGAAGAUGUGAUAUAUCCAACAAGAACCAAGGGAGUUGCAUAUGUAACAUUCAAAGAAAAAAAAGCCGCAGAGAAUGUCAUCAGAAAAAAGAAACACUGUCUAGCAGAGGCAGCUGGAUCCACUGCGCUCACAGUCUCCCAUUUUAGCGAGAAGGUCUUCAGCUCUGUAAAUGCAGUCCUUGAUCUUUCUGUUUUUCGGAGUCAGAUCAGUCUAAGAAAUCUGGUAAUGGACCUGAAAAGGGAAAUCCCAACUUUAUGCUUCAGUCCUUUGGAAGCCAGUGGAAGAAUCUCCGUUCAAGGAUCAUUUCUGACUAUCAAGAAGCUCAAAGAAUCUUUGCUAUUAAAAGCAAGUUCUCUUUUAGAAGAAAACAGGAAGAGACAGAGCCUCAGAGGGGGUACAUGGAGAAGUAGUCGCUCUUCAAAGCCACUCAGGUCCUCAACACCUGAGACUACGAGAAGAGGAGAAACGCUUGUUCUCGACACAGAUAUUUUCCUUUAUCUGAAAAAGAAAAGCGGAUUUUAUGAAAGCACACUGAAAAAAUUUCAUGCUCUAUGUCAAGAGACAGUGGAUGGUGAAAUUACCACACUUUGUAUAAGGAAUGCUCAAGGUAGUUUUCAGCCAAAUAAUGAAAAACAGGUAAAGGAUCUCAUUGAGAAUUAUUCACAUGCGCUUCACUUCGAGCUUAGAAAGGAGAUAUUUAUUUUGGAAGGAAAGGAAAAGAGAGAGAAAAGAAAUAUUAAGUUGGCAUGUGAGCAACUAAGUUCAAAGUAUCUUCAGGUUCUGGUUAAUUUUUACAGGACACACAUUGACAUUAUAGGAUCUUCUUCUGACACGUACUUGUUUAAAAAAGAGGUCAUGAAAUUGAUAAGGCAAAAAGUUAGGUAAUGAAAUCCUCAGCAAUAGUAGCAAGAAUGGUUGCUGCCUUCCUUUAAUGAGCAGUGGUGAUGUCAUGCAUGAUGCCAGCUUUACAGACAUUAUCUCAUGUAAUAAUUCUUCAUUUUUUUGUUUUGUUUUGUUUUGUUUUUUGGCUGCACUGCACAGUUUGUGGGAUCUUAGUUCCCCAACCAGGGAUCAAACCUGGGCCCCCUGCAGUGGAAGUACAGAGUCCUAACCACUGGACUGCCAAGGAAUUCCCUAUCUCAUUUAAUUCUUGUGACCACCUUUCAUCAUAGGCAUUGUCAUCCUCAUGUGACAGGGGAAGAAAUUAGGAUUUGAAGAGGAGAAAACACUUGUCUGAAGUUAUCUAGCUGCCCGUCAGCAGGAGUUAAACCUAAAGAUAAUAUCUAAGGUAUAAAACUUUGAAAAAAAACUCACUAAACUUUAAAGAAACUUCACUUUCUCUACAAUCCCGAAUUCUUAGAAAAAAGAGGUAGCCUUCAUUCCAACAUAUAAGAAGUUCGGGUGAUUAUUAUGCCGUUGGCAAUUUCUUAACAUUUACAAAAUUUGCGUUGACUCCAAAUAGAGUCCUAGCAAAACUUACUGGAGAAGCUACUUAGGUGGUAUUUCUGAUGCAGGUAGUCAUUACUUGACUAAAUCCCAUAUUGGUAACAAGGCUACUGGACAUACAGGACAUUCUUACUGCUGCUUACUUAGCCUAAGUGCUUAUGUAAAGUGUUAGUUCUCCUGUUGUAAUUAGGAAAGAAGUAUAGUGUCUAUUUUAUAAUUGUAUUGUAAAAGUAAUAGCAUUUCAGGAAUAAGAUCAUGGGUGAUGAGAAGAUUAAUAGCAAACACUUACUUGCUAGGCAUAAUUUUAAGUGCAUUACAUAUCUUUACUCAUUCAGUCCUGACAGCAACCCUGUGAUGUAGCUGUUGUCUUCAUCCCCCUUUCACAGAUGAGGAAACUGGUGCUAGUGAUGUGAUAUAACUUGCCAUUGGCUCUUGCUUACUGAACCGUGCUUCUCCCUUUUGUGGUCUCCCACAAUUCUGCUUAAACAAUUGAGAAGUGUUUCCUUAAAGAUGACAGAAGGAUUUGAGAAUUCUGUACUGAAGGGAAGCCAGAGCUUGUAAGUCAUCUGGUUGUCUGUGACUGCCCUGCAUUUAACUUAGCAUUAAGCCAAUUUGAAGUAUCAGGAGCACUGCAGAGACCUUCCCAGGAUAAUGAAAUGAUACAUCUCGCUCAUCUCAAAGUAAACAAACAUGGUUAUGAUGAUUUGAACUGUUUAUAUCAGUAGAAAAGCAUAAGAAAAAUCUUUCAUAUAUUCUUAGCUACCCAAAUGCCAACUAUGUAAAUGAUUUCUAUUUCUUUAAAUAUGUUAUUUCAUUUCUCUGUGGCUAAACUUUUUGUCAUGGGAAAUUUCUGUUUAUCCGAAGUGUCCAGUAAGGUAGCUUUAAAAAGGUCUUUGACUUUCAUUUUGCUUUUAGGGGUUUGUCUCAGUCUGGAUCCAAUCAGGAGAGAGAAGGCACACAGUAAUUUGAGCAGGGAAAGUUCAAUGUAAAGAAUUGUUAACUGUGACAGGGGACUGGCAUAAUGAGGGGUUGGCUUGUAAGAAAUAGAAAAAACAUGCCCGAGGGGGUCGCUGGGGGAAGCCGCUGGUGGCUGGGUGCAGCUGGCCCAUAUGUACUGUAGUGCUGGGGCGGCCUUGCCGGGGCGGGGGGGGGGGGCGGGGGCGGGGCGGUCGGGCCCUGGAGCAACUGCCCAUACUGCGUGAGCCAAAUGCUGGAGAAGCUGCCUGCACUGAAGGAGCUGGGUAUGGGGGAAACUUCCUCUGCUGGGGACCUGGAUUCGGAGGAGCCUGCCAGUUGAACGCACUGAAGCAGGAACAAGACUCUUUCCUCCUGUAGUGUCUCUCCAGCGCCCUCUACUGAGAAAGCUUAACAUCUUGUCAGUACAAAGGAAAGCUAUUUAAAGGGCCCAGGUUUGUUUUUACUGCGUAGGCAUAUAGAAUGAAUGUAAAGCUGAGUCAAUAAAUUCAUAACUGGCAGUUAUAUUUGGUACUUACCAAGGCUUCCAUUAUUACCACAAAUUUAAUGUCAAUGGAAUAGGCUUUCAACAAAGAGCUGGAUCAGAAUAGUGAGGUUGUUUCUUGGUUGGUUAGACACAAUGCUAAUUGGUUGCAGGUAUGAAUAUAGCAUCUGCUUGAGAAGAUUAUGUAUUUCAGGUGUUUUACAUAUUGCUGUCCAUUUUAGAGUUCAUUUAACGGCACUCUCCUUACAGUAUGCUAGUUGUGUAACCAAUUUCUAUCCUUAAUAAAGACUGACACUUUAAUUUUCAGAAUGGUAGUAGUGAUUUUUAUUAAAAUUUGUUUUUGAAGGUUAGUCAUGCCCAGGAAGAUGAUGUGAAUUCUAUCCUGUUCUAGCCUAAACUCUGUUGUGUGUCUGCCAUUGGGAGAAAAACCUAUCAUUGAACUAGAUAAUAAGUUGGUACUUUUCAAAGAGGUUGCAGAUGGUUAAGAAAGCCAUUAUCAAGUUAAAAGAAGAUGUGGGGGGCUUUCCUGGUGGUGCAGUGGUUAAGAAUCCACCUGCCAAUGCAGGGGACAUGGGUUCGAGCCCUGAUCUGGGAAGAUCCCACAUGCCGCAGAGCAACUUGGCCUGUGCGCCACAACUACUGAGCCUGUGCUCUAGAGCCUGCGAGCCACAACUAUUGAGUCCACGUGCCACAAUUACUGAAGCCCGUGUGCCUAGAGCCCAUUCUCCUCAACAGGAGAAGCCACCACAAUGAGAAAUGCGUGCACCGCAACAAAGAGUAGCCCCUGCUCGCUACAACUAGAGAAAGCCCGUGUGCAGGAACAAAGACCCAAU